AUGCGAGCCGUCUGCUCCUUUGGGCUCAAGGCACGUCCCGGGAGUCUUGAACCUUGGAGUCUUGAAGCUCAAAUCGGGGGAAUGGAUGCUGAACCGUCAAAUGGUAGCCCAGAUUUGGAACCUGUUUGGCAGGGCGGAGGUGGACCUCUUUGCGAUGCAGGAGUCGUUCCAAUGUCCACUUUGGUUCUCCCUGAGUUCCCCAGCACCCCUGGGCAUAGAUGCGUUCGCUCACCCAUGUCCGAACCUGACACUGUAUGCGUUUCUGCCUGUCAAACUGAUUCCGGCAGUACUGUGCAGAGUGAGGGAGAGCUGGGUCCGUCUCCUGCUAGUGGCCCCAUUCUGGCCAUCCCAGAUGUGGUUCUCGGAGAUGAUUUCUCUUCUGGAUCGCUCUCCGUGGGAGAUUCCAAUCAGAAGAGAUUUGCUGUCUCAGCUUCAAGGCAAGAUCUGGCACCCUCAACCCGAGAUCUGGAAGCUGUGGGUAUGGCCCAUCAAAGGCCACCAGCUUUGACUUCUAGUCUUCCUGCCGAUGUUCAGGAGACUAUUGCUAGUGCCAGAGCCCUUUCCACGAGGAGGCUGUAUUCCUCCAAGUGGAAGGGAAUCAUUCCUCCACUUGUAUUUGCUCAACAUAAAGAUGGAGAAUGCUUGCACAAAAGCACGAGGGACUUUGACAGCUUGUCUGAUCUCACGGAAGAGUCCAAGGUCAGGUACAUCGCUCAGCGGUGGGAGGAGCUUGGAUUAAAAGACGUCCAGGUAACCAAUCACACAGCUCUCCUGAGCUAUCCCGGACCCGCCCUCAGCACGAUCACCGAUAUAAGCGGAAACCAGUGUUACCUGCCCAUCGGAGUGAGGUGUGACCAGCCAUUCGCAUCCACGACUGAACCAUUUGCCUUUGCAGCCUAUUCGGCUGUGGGAAAUCUAGUGGCAGAGGUGGUGGACAUUCAGUAUGGGAGUCCAGAGGAUUUGAGACGGGUCCAAGCAAAUGUGACCAAUAAAAUAGCACUGCUGAAACUUGGACAAUCACCUUUGCUCUACAAGCUCUCUCUCCUGGCAGAGGUGGGGUUUGGUGGCUGUCUUCUCUAUGUGGAUCCAUGUGAUGCCCCAUUUGGGAAUAAGACAUUUGGGGUAACCCUGAACCCAGGUGGGAACCCGUUUUUUCGAGAAGACGCCAGUACUGCCGGAAGAGACAGUCGCCACAACCUGACAUCAUUGCUGGUUCAGCCCAUCUCUGCCUCCUUAGCGAAAAUGCUGCUCUCUGCCCCCGCCAUGGGGCAGGGAAGACCCUGCAUCCCCAUGGCCAUGCCCUCAGCCUCAGCAAGAAAACUAAUAAAUCUCACCAUUGAAAACCAGGCAUCCUUCAAGACUGUGCACAAUGUUAUUGGAUAUCUCAAGGGCAAGACCAAUCCAGAUCGAUAUGUACUGGUUGGCAGUCGUCAUGGCAGCUGGUACGAGGGUGCGUUGGCGGACUGGGGGAAAAGCUCUGCAGUCAUGUCUCAGAUCAUCGCCUCCAUGACGGCUCAAACCCGUGCGGGCUGGCAGCCCGACCGCACCAUCGUCUUCUGCUCCUGGGGGGGAACCUCACUGGGCAACAUCGGCUCCUUUGAGUGGGGGAAGGACAAUGCAGUGGUUCUUCAGAGCAGGGCAGUGGCUUAUGUAAGCCUGCACAAUCCUGUCAGAGCCCCUGGAUCCCUGCAGGCCAUAGCAUCACCUUCCCUUCAGCAACUGGCAGCUGAAACCCAAAAGAGACAUUCGAUGAGCUGCAGCAGAGGAGGUGGUUGUCCUGGUCGGAAUGUCAGUUCGCUGCAGACACCUGGAGAUUUGAGCUUUUUCUCCAGUCAACUUGCUGUCCCCACAGUGGAGUUCACAUACUCAGAGUUCCCUAAAACAGAGAGAGCGUUAUUUCUCUCUGAGGCCUUUUUCCCUCCUGAGUCUUCAUUAAGAGAGACCUUGGAUCCAGCCUUCAAGCUCCAUGAGAGUAUUGCCAAGAUCACAGCUGAGGCCAUCCUGCGACUCGCUACAGAUCCCGUUCUUCCAUUUUACCCUUUGGAUAUCGCUCUUGAUGUUCAGAACAAACUCAGAGAUGACACACUGAGCCGGCCGGACCUGCUGAACGUGGCUGCAUCGUUGAGAGACAACUCAGCUUUCUUCCAAUCUGAGGUCAUGCGUCCUGCCAAUGACCCCAAAGAGAGAGAUCCCGCCCACGUACGCAUGCUCAACGACGUCUUACGAGACCUGGAAAAAAGCUUUCUUAUCCCAAACCCACCUCUCGGCUUUUACAGGAACAUUCUCUAUUGCUUGAGCAGACAAACUCCACGCUUCUCUAUCCUGAAGGAUGCCCUGGAGGUCCCCUGGCACAACAACGUCAACCAGUCCCUGACUCUGGUAACCAGCGCCAUCAGUUCAGCGGACAAACUCGUAGAAAGCGGACUCGACCUGUUUGAGAAUGAAAAUGACAUCCCGCAAUGA